UAGCAAAGGGGGGAGGAAAAGGAAGGAAGACAUUGAGGAGGAAGCAGAGGGAUACACAGAGAGUGGGCACGGCUGGCCUUUAAGCCUUAUUUUUUUGGGGGGAAAGAGGUACAGAAGCCCCCUCCAGGAGCACAAGGGAGGGCAGAAGCCUUUGCAGAGCCUUGGAAGCCACUGCUCAUAUUCAGUGUGAAAAGGAUUUCCCCAAAUGAUGCACAUUGAUCUUGGGAAGAGUUAGAGUACUGAAGCCGGCACGAAGCUCUCAGAACAUCUGGAACCAGCCGGGGAAUAACAUGAACUGAGGGAAGAGGGAUUUUGUUUUCAAUUAUUUCAUGAUCACAUUGUGAAGCGGGGGGCGCACACGGGAACCCAUUCUCCGCAAAGGUCUUCGCUGGUCGGUGGAGAUUUUUUUCAGGCACCAUGGGCAGGAAAAAGAUCCAGAUCCAGAGAAUCACAGACGAACGGAACAGACAGGUUACGUUCACGAAGCGUAAGUUCGGCCUGAUGAAGAAGGCUUACGAGCUCAGCGUCCUUUGCGACUGCGAGAUCGCCCUCAUCAUCUUCAAUCACUCAAACAAGCUGUUUCAGUACGCCAGCACCGACAUGGACAAAGUACUGCUAAAAUACACAGAAUACAACGAGCCCCACGAAAGCAGAACGAACGCAGACAUUAUAGAGACGUUAAGAAAGAAAGGUUUUAACGGGUGCGACAGCCCCGAACCGGACGGGGAUGACUCCAUUGACCAGAGCCCCCUCAUGGAAGACAAAUACCGCAAAGCAAGCGAGGACUUGGACAUUCUGUUCAAACGCUAUGGUGCGCUGAACAAGAAGCACAGGGAGUACGAGAGCCCAGACGCUGAUGAGGUUUUUGCGCUGACUCCACAGACCGAGGAGAAGUAUAAAAAGAUUGACGAGGAGUUUGAUAAAAUGAUGCAGAGUUAUAGACUCGCAUCUACAGUGCCAGCUCCAAACUUCGCCAUGCCGGUACCGGUGACCAACCAGAACACACUGCAGUUCCCUGGAGGGUCCCUGGUCACACAGUCCCUGAUGACGACCUCGCUGACAGACCCAAGACUCCUGUCGCCGCAGCAGCAGUCCUUACAAAGGAACACGGUGUCUCCUGGGCUACCUCAGAGGCCAGCCAGCGCAGGAGCGAUGUUAGGAGGAGACCUGAAUAAUUCAAACGGAACGUGCCCAAGUCCUGUUGGAAACGGGUAUAUCAGCGCCCGAGCCUCUCCGGGCCUCAUACCGGUCUCCAACGGGAACAGCAUUGGCAAAGUCAUCCCUGCCAAAUCACCACCGCCGCCAUCCCAGAACAACCAGCUCGCAGCCAACAGCCGCAAGCCGGACCUGCGCGUUAUCACAUCGCAGAGCGGUAAAGGAUUAAUGCAUCACUUGACGGAGGAGCAGUUGGAGAUGAGCGCCCAGCGGUUAGGAGUCUCGCAGGCGGCUCAUUCCCUCACUACCCCGGUCGUUUCAGUGGCGACUCCGAGUUUACUGUCACAUCAUGGGUUGCCUUUCUCUGCCAUGUCCACGGCAUAUAAUCCAGAUUACCAGCUGACCAGCGCAGAACUGUCCUCGCUCACCGCGUUCAGCUCACCCGGGGGGCUGUCACUAGGCAGUGUGCCGGCCUGGCAGCAACAGCAGCCACAGCAACAACAGCCACAACAGCAGCAUCAACAGCACCACCAGCAGCAACAUCUGGUCCCGGUGUCACUAAGCAACUUGAUAUCUAGCGGGCAGCUUUCCCACACUGCCACUCUGACUGUCAACACCAACCCGAACAUCAGCAUCAAGAAGGAGCCUCCGUCCCCAAACAGAGAACGCACAGGAACCCCUCUGACCUCCUACCCUCACCAGAGUCGGCAUGAAGUCACCGGACGGUCUCCUGUUGACAGCCUCAGCAGCAACGCCAGCUCUUUUGAGGGCAACGAUCGAGAGGACACACGGGGCGACUACACUUCGUCCCUCGGGCUCCUGAGACCCUCGGGAGACGGAGAGGGUGAAAGCCAAUCCGUAAAACGCAUGCGACUUGACGCAUGGGUAACAUAACUGCCCUUUGCUCCGCCACUUUAUUCUUUUGCUCGAUGUCCGCAGAAGGGCCGAGUUAAAGGGUGGAGUGCAUCGCAGGAGGGUAGGGAACGGGGUAGUUACCAAUGGGGUUUAAUGCUGUAGGGUGGGAACCUAUCAUAAACUGCCUGAGAUAUAGCUUUAGUAUUUGGUAGGCAUUCUUCAUAGUUCAAUACUGUAGGCAGUGUCUGCAGAGGGCACAGCUUUCCACGGCUGCCUUAGGAAUCCAUAUUGAAUGUGACCAUGCCUCUCAGGACUUCCAAAAAACAAGCCAUCACCUUGUUGGGGCAAACCAACCACAGCUGCUAAAA